UGAAACACACACACACACACACACACAGAGGGCUAAACCGAAUCUGCUAACAACAGAGAAGAUCACUGAAGAGGAGAAGAAUGAAGAUCAUCUGGACUUUCACUCUGCUGAUGAUUCCUGAUGUCAUGACCUCACUGAGGUUGACUGGACAUGCAGGGGGUGAAGUCAACAUCACAUAUGCAUAUCAAUGGAAAUAUAAAGAAAAUGCUAAGUAUUUUUGUAAAGGACCAUGGAUCGCUUGCAAUAAACUCAUCAAGACUGAAGAGGAAGAUAAAUGGGUUGAUUCUGGAAGAUUCUCUCUGUAUGACAACACCAGUGCUGCAGUUUUCACCGUGACCUUCAGAGAUCUGAGAGAAGAGGAUUCUGGGACGUAUCAUUGUGGAGUUGAGAGAUUAGGACUAGAUCCUGGACUAGAAGUGAAGCUGAACGUUAUAUCAGCACCAAAACCAACAUCAUCACGGCCAACAUCACGGACAUCAUCAUCAUCAUCAUCAUCAUCAUCAUCAUCAUCAUCACGUUCAUCAACAUCAUUACCAUCGACAUCAUCAAUAAUCACUACUCCGUCUUUUUCAGUUAAUUCCCAGACGUCUGAUUUCACCUCAGAUUCUCCGUCUGUCUCAGAGGGUCCGUCUCUGAUCAUCGUGGUGUCUGUGGUUCUUCCUCUGCUCAUCAUCGGACUUGUUUCGUUUAUAGUGACCGUCUGCAUGAAGCGCCGGGCUCAAACUGAAGCCUCUGAAAUGUCUGAACCUGGAGCAGAAAACAGUGAAGAGGUUCCUCAAACGCUGUACAUUUAUGAGGAGGUUAAAGACACCAGACCUCACACUGGCGGCAAAACCACUCAAUUACCCACAAACCCCCAUGAUUCUACUACAACAGUUUAUGCUUCGCCUAAAUUACCCACAAACCCUUCUGGUUCUAUUACCACGGUUUAUGCUACUCCACAAUUACCCACAAACCCCUCUGUUGAGUGGCAGAAACAGUUUAAGAAUCAGUUACUGACAGAUCCAUCUGAUUCUUUCCAUGUUUAUGCUACUCCAGGAUUACCCACAAACCCCUCUGAUUCUACUACAACAGUCUAUGCUACUCCAGGAUUACCCACAAGCCCCUCUGAUUCUACUACAACAGUCUAUGCUACUCCAGGAUUACCCACAAACCCAUCUGAUUCUUUCGAUGUUUAUGCUACUCCAGGAUUACCCACAAGCCCCUCUGAUUCUACUACAACAGUCUACGCUACUCCAGGAUUACCCACAAACCCCUCUGAUUCCACGAACACUGUUUAACAGGGGUGAUGUUCACAUGUGUUUACAAUCGAUACUUGUUAGUGAUUGACCAUUUCAGUUUGCUCUUGCACCGGAAAUAAUUUAUGUUAAUUUCUUAAUAUGCUUGAAAAGUGUGUAUAUGUACAUGCAAUAGAAUUGUUCUUUUGCAGCAUAACUGAUUUACGAUUUGAUAUGUUUCAGUUUCAGACACAGCUCCCGAAGCUCAGUUCUUCAGCAUUAUGAAGAUGUUGAUGUACAGGGCUUCUCUGAACAGACUGUGAUAGUGUUUGUGUUGAAUCCAAGCCGCUGUCCUUGGUGCUGAACUCUAGAGCAAACGCUGGAGACUCUCUCUCUCUCUCUUUGUUGUUGAAUAGAUGUCAAGGGUCAGUCCUUUGACUUCAUCAGAGAUGUUGAGUUUUGUAGAUGCAUUGUUAAGUUCAGAGAAUGCUUACUGUUGUUAUUUGUGUAUUAUUUGGCUCAUCUUAUUAUAUGGAUUUUCAUAUAUUUUGCAUAGACGGACAGUUGUGUUUAUAGCCAGGCAGCAGCUAAAUAAAUAACAAAGUGCUUUGACAAUUUAAAUGACAAAGAACUAAAAAAAACUUUGUGUCUCAUAUCUGCAUUCAGGAUGCAGAUUUAAGUCAUAAUGCAUGCAAACCUACAGUUUAUGGAAAUGCAUUUUUAUUUUAUAUUAAACUCUUGUUGUACUUGU